GAGCUGCUCCAAAGUGGACCAGGCAAGUCUGCCCAUCACCUCUUCCCAGCCGUGGGAUCUUGCUGUCUGGUUGAUGGUCAGGAGUUAAGCUAUCAUCUGCGGCCCUCACAAUGGAAGGAACGGGGAAGACUGCUGUCCAGCUCCAGAGACCUAUAAAGACAGAGUGGAAUUCCCAGUGCGUCCUUUUCACCUAUUUCCAAGGAGACAUCGGCAGCGUCGUGGACGAACACUUCUCCAGGGCUCUGAGCAAUGUCAAGAGCCCCCAGGAACUGAGCCCCUUGAGCCAGAGUACAGAUGUGAUCCUGAAGAAUGAUAGCAACAUGCCUCCAAAUCAGUGGCGUUUCUCUUCUCAGUGGACAAAACCAGAGCCAGAAGCAUCUUUUGCAUAUGGUGCCACCAAUUCCAGGUUCAAUGGGCCUGGUCUCAUGACCGUGGAUCAGUACCCGGUGUCCCUGGCGGGGAGCUCCUCCAUACCGUCUGGCGAGUCCUGGCUGUAUCCCUCCCCAGCCAGCCCCAGCUCCUCAGAGCCUGGCUACUCUCACGCCUAUUCCAGUGGCCACAUGGUGCCAGAUCCCCAGCCUGAUGGGAAAUACGAGCCCUUCCUAAGCCUCCUCCAGCAGGACCGAUACCUCACCCCUCCUCAGGAAUCUGCAGUGUGGGAGGACUCCAGCUCUGCCCCGAUGGCCGGAAGCACGGGAUUACUCUUCAAUGUGCCUGCCAGCCCAGCCCACUACAAGAAAAUAUAUUUCCCCCCUGAUGGCGGACCUGCCAAUGCCAACCUUGCAAGUGAAAAAAGCCAGUGUCCAGAGAGAAGAAAUAUGUUCUUUUACUGAAUUUCAGUCUGAAGAAGAGAAUUCCUUUUUCCAAACCUGCUCAGGAUUUUCUACUGUGAAUCUAGAGGGUCUAAAGACUGCACCGUCCUUUUCUCUCUCUGUCACAAAAGAGCACUGCACCAGGAACAAGUUUCUGUUCUGUCUAAAAUUCUACACUUCUCUUCCUUGGCACCUAUGUCCUAUGGCAGGGUUAUCAAAUUUCAGUGGACCCCCAGUGUCUGAAAUGUUUAAAAGAGCAGCUCAGGGAUGGGGACCACAGAGAGUCCACCCACCUUGCCUACCCCUACUGCCCUCCUACUUAGCAAUCAUAGUCCCCGAACCCUCCACCAGCAAGGUCUUUGGUAUCCCACAGGGUUGUCCCACGUUGCCGACUGAAUGGCAGAGAUCCAAGAACAGCCUGAAGCUUUCUAGCCGCACCCAGACCGAGGCCAACUGCACUCCAGCUUCUAACCAACAACAAGAUGAACAUGCAGUGCGCAAAACCCACUGAGAAAGAGUUGAGGCCGGGCAUUCCCUGGCUCCUCAGAGUACGGAAGGAAGCUGAAAAGGUUUCAGGAAGACUCUCAUGAAUGAUGUACUUUCUUUUUUUUUUAAUGUUAUAUUUAUUUUUGAGAGAGCAAGUAUGAGAGAGAAGGGGGACAGGAUCUGAAGCGAGCUCUGCGGUGAGAGCCGUAAGCCCAACGCGAGUCUUGAACUCACAAACUGUGACAUCAUGAUGUGAGCUGAAGUCAGACAGUCAACUGACUGAGUUACCCAGGCGCCCCAAAUGAAGUACUUUCACUUGGGAUUUUUGAUUCGUCCAUUAAAAAAAAAAGUGGUUCCAAAUGGGGCUGGCCAAGAAAUCCAAAAAUAACUUUCUGGAAGGAGAUUAGCCAACUGCCCCAUCCCAAGCAUAACCUGGAGAAAGUUCUCUUCCAAGAGCGUUUCUCAGUUGCAGUUCCAGGAGUUUCUUCCUGCCCUCACUCUGAAGAUGAGCAUUCUGGCAUGUGACACAUCACAGGUGUUCCCUUGGAUGCUGGUGAUAACUUACAGCGCACCACCAGAACCCACCUGGCUUCCACAAAGAAUGAAACCUUCCCUUCGGCUCUUUCACUGUUAGGGACAUCUGCGAACUAUUAGCUCUUUUUUCAGCGCGGAGCUGCUGGGGCCACCCAUGUGGAUACCCACAGCGUCUUUGACAAAUUGGUGAUGAAAGACCAGGUUUAGUCCAAGACAUGGCAGCAGGACCUCCCUGCAGAUUGUUCCAGAAAAAGUGAGAAAUUUCUCCAAACUCAUUCAUCUCUCUAAUCUAAUCUACUAGAAACCCUUGCGGCUGGUGUGAGCUUGGGAGCUAGCCCGUGACAACCCCAGAAGGCCUUGCUGUGUCCAUGAUCCCCAUCCCCACAGCCCCCGCUUGCUCCUGGGUAAUUGCUCAGAGGGUGGAUAAUAAACCUACUUUUUUGGAUUA